AUAUCCGCUGCGGAAGCGGCAAUAGGCUUUAUGUACGAUAGAUAUGGCAUGCGGCAUGCCGGUAUUUUGUCGACCACGCUGUGCCAAAAUUUCAUCCCUCCGCCACUGAUCCAACCACAUUAUGUCAUAAUCGCCCACCGUAUAUAAUAACUACUACUACAUAACCGCCCCCUCUGGUUCACAGUGAAGUCACUGAGGUUGUGCAAAUACCUACAUCAUCGAAUAGGCACCGACUCUAGCCCAAAGCUUUGGCCAACUGUCAUACAUAGCAAUGUCGAAAUCCGAACCCUCUUCCUCGCAAGACAUCGAGAAAGGCGGCCCACCCGACAAACAUGAUCCGCUCUCUCGAUAUCCAACAUCUGCAUCCACUGCUUCCUCUUCCUCCACCUCGGUCGUAUCACGCCUGUCGCUAUCACACCAGCGGACAGCGCCACCACGAGAUUAUGAUGCCCAUGACAGAGUGGUGUUGGAGCGACUUCGCACCGCUACAAGUAUCUAUGAGGCGACCGUCGGUAACGAUUUGGAUAAGCCGCGGUCGGGAUCGGUUUUCGGACCGGUUUUCUCGCGGAUAACUUCAAGACUGCCGGCAGAGGAAUGGCCCGAGUUUGGCGGCGGGAAAGGCUAUCCUCCAUUACUCCCGGACCAAGCUUCUUAUGUUGUGGAUUUUACGGGCCCCGACGAUCCAAUGCACGGCCAAAACUGGCCACUCAAAAAGAAGCUCAUCACAGCUAUGGUGCUGGGCUUCACCACUUUCGUUGCUGCAUGGGGCAGCUCCAUCUUCUCGUCCGCAACAAGCGCCGUCAGCCUUCACUUUGGAGUCAGCACUGAAGUUUCAAUACUCGGAAUGUCGCUGUACGUGCUGGGGUUUGCCUUCGGUCCUCUGAUCUGGGCACCUUUCUCCGAACUCAAAGGCCGAAAGAAGCCAAUCCUCUUGGGCAUUUUCGGCUUCUCGAUAUUUCAGGUUGCCGUGGCAGUUGCAAAGGACAUUCAGACGGUGUUGAUAGCACGGUUCUUCGGUGGCGUAUUCGCCAGUUGUCCCGUCACCCUUGUCGGUGCCGUCUUCGCAGAUCUCUUCGCACAGGAGACACGAGGAACAGCUGUGGCAAUGUUCUCGAUGGCGGUAUUCAGCGGCCCGCUGUUCGGCCCGAUUGCUGGAGGAUUCAUCCUGCAGAACCAAGAUCUGGGAUGGAGAUGGACUGAGUACAUCACCGCUCUGAUGGGCUUCCUUGCUCUUGGGCUUUGCCUCCUGUUCCUGGAGGAGACUUACCCACCGGUAAUUCUGAUUGAAAAAGCCGCGCACCUCCGGCGUAUCACCAAGAACUGGGGAAUCCAUGCCAAACAAGAAGAAGUCAGCGUCGACCUACCGACCCUCCUCGUCAAGAAUUUCACCCGUCCCAUUAAGCUCCUCUUCGCCGAGCCCAUCAUCUUCUUGAUCUCCAUCUACACCGCCUUUGUCUACUCGAUCCUCUACCUUUUCCUCGUCUCGUACCCUAUCGUCUUCGCCCAGGUCCGCGGCUGGAAGGGCGGCCUUGCGACUCUUCCCUUCAUCGGCAUGGUCCUCGGCAUGGUCAUGGGCGGAGGCUUAGUGAUAGCAUUCCAGCCGUGGACGACGCGGCGCGCCAACGCAGCCGGGCACGUUCUACCAGAGGACCGUCUGGUCCCUUGCAUAAUCGGCAGUAUAUUCUUCCCCAUCGGGCUCUUUUGGUUCUCGUGGACGGGCGCGGACCCCAAUAUCCACUGGAUCGUCCCCACACUCGGCGGCGUCCCGUUCGGCUUCGGAAUCAUCAUCAUCUUCCUGCAAUGCCUGAACUACCUGAUCGAUGCGUACCUGAACUUCGCCGCCUCCGCCAUCGCGGCGAAUACUAUCCUGCGGAGUGCGCUGGCCGCGGGCUUUCCGCUGUUUGGCAGGUUCAUGUUUGAGCCUAAGCCGGAGGGUGCCCUGGGUGUCGGCUGGGCUGGGAGCUUGUUGGCGUUUUUGGCGGUGGCUAUGAUACCGAUUCCCGUGUAUUUCUUCCUUAAUGGGGCGGCGAUCAGGAAGAAGAGCAAGUGGGCGCCCACUGAUAAGUAGUUGGGGUGCUUUAUGAUAUCUACUGGUUAUUUGGUUAUUUGGUUAUGUAUGGUGUGCCUAGAGGGUGUAAUGUAAUUUUUUGAAUAGGAGUACUGGGAAGGGCUUGGGUCUCUAUUGGGCGUUUCGGAGUUUCACGAAUCAGACUAUAAAAUUGCAAACAUUUUUACUACAAUCGAUAUUGGCUCGGUAGUUUAGCCAGCAUUACAGGAUAACGAGAUCAAUC